AUGUAUCUGCGAAAUAGUGCGCCCACGGCGCUUCUGGCGCUGCUCGCGCCGCUGGCAUCUGCCUUCUAUCUGCCCGGAAUGGCUCCAGCCUCAUACGAGCCCGGCAUGAAGGUCCCUCUAUUCGUCAACAGCAUCAAGCCCGUAGCGGCGCCGCAAGAUGCUCGAUUACACUCGGUCGUGUCGUACGAUUACUACCAUCCCUUCUUUCAAUUCUGCAAGCCCGAUGGCGGACCGCAGUAUGUGCCGGAGAGUCUGGGCAGCAUCCUGUUUGGCGACAGGAUAAUGACCUCCGCCUUCGACCUCAGGAUGAAGCACAACGAAACAUGCAAGGCGCUCUGCUCUGUAAAAUACCAGGAGAAGUCGGUUGAUUUUGUGUCGGAGAGGAUUGAACAGGGCUACAGCCUGAAUUGGCUUGUCGAUGGUCUUCCUGCUGGCCAGCAGAUCCAGGACCAGCUGACGGGCACAACAUUCUACAGCCCUGGGUUUUUACUGGGACAGGACGAUGAAGCUGGAAACAUCCUCUUCAACAACCACUACGACAUUUGGGUGGAAUACCACGAAGUUGGCGGAAACGCGAAUCAGCUCCGAGUUGUCGGUGUCGUUGUCCAGCCCACCUCCAAAAAGUACGAUGGGGAGGCUGAUUGUGGCGACAACUACCCGUCGCUCGUCUUUGCCAAGGGCUCGGGACCACAGGAGGUCAAAUUCAGCUACAGUGUCUACUGGAUCAAGUCACCUACCGCUUGGGCUACCCGCUGGGACAAGUACCUGCACGUCUUUGAUCCCAAGAUCCACUGGUUCUGGCUUGUCGACACCGCCAUCAUCGUCGUCAUCCUCGUUCUCACCGUCAUGUCCAUCCUGAUCCGAACUCUGAAGAAGGACAUUGCGCGUUACAACCGCCUUGAUCAGAUCAACUUGGAUGACCUGAGCGGAACCUCGGUGCUCGAGGACGGUGUCCAGGAAGACUCGGGCUGGAAGCUGGUCCACGGCGACGUCUUCCGAACUCCAUCGCGCCCACUGCUGCUGUCCAUCCUUUUGGGCAACGGAGCUCAGCUCUUCGUCAUGACUGGAUUUACCAUUGUUUUUGCACUUCUGGGUUUCUUGUCGCCUUCUAACCGUGGCUCCCUGGGCACCAUCAUGAUCAUUCUCUACACUGUUCUCGGCAUUGUUGGAGGAUACACUUCGGCUAGAGCGUACAAGGCCAUGCAGGGUGAGCAGUGGAAGCUCAACAUUGCCUUGACUCCUCUGCUGGUCCCCGGUAUCGUCUUCUCCGCCUUCUUCCUGCUGGAUCUAUUCCUGUGGGCCAAGGAGUCUUCCGGCGCCGUGCCCUUUACCACAAUGCUGGUCAUCAUCGGCAUUUGGUUCGUCAUCUCAAUUCCCCUCUCAUUUACGGGCUCUUGGCUUGGCUUCAAGGCCGCUCAGAUUGAAAACCCCGUCCGCACCAACCAGAUUCCUCGCCAGAUCCCCCCCGUCACCACGUACCUCCAGCCCAUCCCCAGCAUGCUCAUUGUUGGUCUUUUGCCCUUUGGCGCCAUCUUUGUCGAGUUGUACUUUAUCAUGAGCUCCAUCUGGUUCAGCCGCAUCUACUACAUGUUUGGUUUCCUGUUCCUCUGCUACGGCCUUAUGAUUGCCGUCUGCGGUGCAGUUACCAUUCUGAUGACAUACUUCCUCCUGUGUGCCGAGAACUACAACUGGCAGUGGAGGUCUUUCCUGGCAGCGGGCAUGAGCGGUGGCUACGUCUUCCUCAACUGCCUCCUCUAUCUGGUCACCAAAGUCAAGCUUGGCGGCCUUGCGGGAACAGUCCUGUACAUUGGCUACAGUGCCCUGAUUUCCUUCUUGUUCUUUAUUCUUUCCGGCACCAUCGGCUACUUCGCCUCCUGGUGGUUCGUAAGAAAGAUUUACUCUUCCAUCAAGAUUGACUAA